UCCGACGCGCCCUUUCGCACGGCCAAACCCUGAGCAGCAAGAGUGCCACAAACUGCUGCUGGAGGAGGGAAGUGAAAGGCUGCAACCCCUCUGCGGAAUCCGCGAGUUUCUUCCAAAGCAGGAUGCUGCUGCAGCUGCUGCCGGACCCUACUGCGAAAAUGAGGGGCUCCCUCCUCCUUGCUCCCCACCUUCUCUUCCUUCUGACCGUGUUCUGGGCUGGUUCUGCAGCUGCCGGGCCCAGUUUUCUGGUGACUGCUCCUAAUGUCAUCAGGCCAGGAAUCAACAUGACCAUUGGGGUGGAACUGCUGGAGAAUAGCCCUUUACAAGUCUUGGUGAAGGCUGAAGUGCUCAAGAGUCAGCGAAACAUCACUGUCCUGGAAGCAGAAGGAAUCUUUGAAAAAGGUUCAUUUGGGACUCUUGUUCUUCCAGCACUACCCUUGAAUAGUGCAAAUGAAUUGUAUGAAUUACAUAUUACUGGACAUGCACAGGGUCAGACUUUGUUCUCUGAUAAAACCCAUGUGACCUUUGAGACCAAGAGAUUAACUGUCUUCAUUCAAACAGACAAGUUCCUUUACAAACCAAACCAAGAGGUGAAAUUUCGUAUUGUUACUCUCUACUCUGACCUCAAGCCAUAUAAAACUGCUGCAGACAUCCUAAUUAAGGACCCCAAAUCAAAUUUGAUCCAACAGUGGUCAGAUGAACAAGGUGAUCUUGGAGUUAUUUCCAAAACAUUUCAAUUAUCUUCAAAUCCAAUACUUGGUGAUUGGUCUAUUCAAGCACAAGUGAACGGUCAGACCUAUUACCAGUCAUUUCAAGUUUUAGAAUAUGUGUUACCCAAAUUUGAAGUUACUCUCCAGACGCCUUUAUAUUAUUCUUUGAAUUAUAAAAGUUUAAAUGGCACGGUCACUGCAAAGUAUACAUAUGGAAAGCCAGUUAAAGGUGAUGUCACACUCAUAUUUGUACCUCUCUCCAUCUGGGGAAUAAAGAAAACUAUUACCAAACAUUUUGAGAUAAAUGGAUCUGCAAAUUUCACAUUUAGUGAUGUUGAGAUGAAAAGUGUCAUGAAUCAUGCAGAGGAAUUACAUUAUCCCAAUGAUAGAUCUUCUCCUGGGCCAGUAGAAAUUAUUGCUGUAGUGACAGAAUCACUCACAGGAAUCUCCCGAAAUGCAAGUUCCAAUGUAUUUUUUAAGGCAAAUGACUACAACAUUGAAUUUUUUGAUUAUGCCACUGUCUUGAAGCCUACUCUCAACUUCACAGUUACUGUGAAGAUAACCCGCUCUGACAAUAUUCGGCUGACUCCAGAAGAAAUAAAAAAUAAAGUAACCCUCACCAUAACACAGACAAAUUACACCAAUUAUUGGGACAAAUGGAACAAUGAAGAUCAGGAAAGGGAAACUGUCCAGGUCCUAAAUUACACAGUUCCAGAAAAUGGAACCUUUCAUCUUGAAUUCCCAAUCCUGGUUAAUACCAGUCAACUGCAAGUGAAGGCUUCUUUUCUCGAUAGUGUGAAUAUCUUAUCAGUUCAUGGCAUGUUUAGGUCUCCUAGCAUGACAUAUAUCCAGCUAAAAACAGGAAGUGAAAAUGUAAAGGCUGGCUCACCUUUUGAACUGAUUGUCAGUAGCAACAAGCCAAUGAAGGAACUAAGUUAUAUGGUUAUAUCCCAAAGUCAGUUGGUUGCAGUAGGCAAAAAGAACUCCUCAACUUUUUCUUUAACACCAGAAAAUUCCUGGGCUCCAAAAGCCUGUAUAAUUGUAUACUAUGUUGGAGAUGAUGGGGAAAUUAUAAAUGAUGUCCUGAAAGUUUCUGUCCAACUUGUCUUUAAGAAUAAGAUUACAUUAUCUUGGAAUAAAGUUAGUGCUGAACCAUCUGAGAAUGUUGCUCUUAAAGUUUCUGUGACUCAACCUGGAUCCCUAAUAGGCCUUGUAGCUGUUGACAAAAGUGUAAAGCUGAUGAAUGGUUCAAAUGAGAUCACAGAAGAAAGUGUGAUCCAUGAUCUGGAAUUAUACAACACAGGCUAUUAUUUAGGCAUGUUCACAAAUUCUCAUGCAGUCUUUCAGGAAUGUGGCCUGUGGGUAUCAACGGAUGCAAAUCUCGUGCAUGAUUAUAUGUAUGAUGAUUUUAAAGGAGAGUUUUUUGAUAUGGAUGUUGCAGAGGACGUAGUUAUGUUCAAAAAUGACAGAAACGACAUGGAUCAAGGUUUCGGCGAUGCAUAUCCAGGGGGCAUUGGUCCAUCUAUCAGAAAACAUUUUCCAGAGACUUGGCUUUGGAUAGACACCAAUAUGGGUUCUCAGACCAACAGAGAAUUUAAAGUUACUGUGCCGGAUUCCAUCACUUCCUGGGUAGCUACUGCCUUUGUCAUCUCUGAGGACUUAGGACUUGGAAUGACAAGUGCUCCAGUGGAGCUUAAAGCCUUUCAACCAUUUUUCAUUUUUUUGAAUCUUCCUUACUCGAUCAUCAGAGGGGAACAGUUUGUUUUGGAAGUAACCAUAUUCAAUUAUUUGAAAGACACCAGUGAGGUUACUGUAACCAUUGAAACAAGUGACAAGUUUGAUAUUCUUAUGGUUUCCAAUGAAGUAAAUGCCACAGGACAUCAACAGUCUAUACUAGUGCCAAGUGAGGAUGGACGAACUGUGCUUUUCCCAAUCAAACCAAAGCAUCUAGGAGAGAUCCCAAUCACUGUGACAGCAAUUUCACCUAGUGCUUCUGAUGCCAUCACCCAGAAUAUUUUAGUAAAGGCUGAAGGAAUAGAAAAAUCAUAUUCACAGUCUCUACUCUUGGACCUGACUGGCAACAGAUUAUCAACUACAGACCAAACUUUGAACUUCACCUUUCCUCCUGACAGGGUGAUUGGAAGUGAAAAAAUUUAUAUCACUGCUGUUGGAGAUAUUCUCGGGCCUUCUAUCAAUGGUUUAGAGUCCUUGAUUCGAAUGCCUUAUGGCUGUGGUGAACAGAAUAUGAUCAACUUUGCUCCAAAUAUCUAUGUUUUGAAUUAUCUGACUAACACAGGACAACUGACAGAUAGUGUGAAAGACAAAGCCAUCUCGUUUAUGAGGCAAGGCUACCAAAGAGAACUUCUGUACCAAAGGGAUGAUGGCUCUUUCAGUGCUUUUGGAAAUGAUGACCCUUCUGGGAGCACAUGGUUAUCAGCUUUUGUCCUAAGAUGUUUUCUUCAAGCUUCUCCUUACAUAGAUAUUGAUCAGGAUGUGUUACACAGAACAUUUUCCUGGCUCAAGAAACAUAAAAAACCCAGUGGUGAAUUCUGGGAACCAGGAAGAGUGAUCCAUAGUGACCUCCAAGGUGGCAACAAUAGUCCAGUUACCCUCACAGCCUAUAUUCUGACAUCCCUUUUAGGUUAUCAAAAGUACCAGGCUUCCAUGGAUAUGAGAAUGUCUGUUAACUUUUUGGAGUCCCAGUUCAGGGAAGGUGUUUCAGAUAACUAUACUCUAGCUCUCAUAAGUUAUGCACUGUCAUCUGUGGAAAGUUCUGAAGGGAGACAAGCUUUGGAUCUGUUGAACCAGAGAGCUGAACAUGAAGGAGGCAUGCAGUUCUGGGUGUCAUCGGUAUCCAAACUUUCUCAAUCCUGGCAGCCAAGUUCCUUGGACAUAGAGGUCGCAGCCUAUGCAUUAUUGUCACAUUUCCUGCAAAAUAGGAUGGUGGAGGGGGUGCCUAUUAUGAAGUGGUUAAGCAAGCAGAGAAAUAGGCUUGGAGGUUAUUCCUCUACCCAGGAUACCAUUGUGGCCUUGCAUGCAUUAUCUACAUUUGCAGCGCUCACUACUACUGGACAGACAGACAUGAGAGUAGCAGUAACUGGACCUAGUGUGACAACACCAACAGAGUUUCCAAUUAACACUAAAAACCGCUUUCUUCUUCAAACAGCAGAGCUUGCGGUCCAACAGCCAACUUCAGUUACCGUUUCAGCAAAUGGUUUUGGAUUUGCUUUCUGUCAGCUCAAUGUUGUUUACAAUGUGAAAAAUUCAGGGUCUUCUAGAAGGCGCAGAUCCAUUGAAAGCCAAGAAGCCUUUGACUUAGAUGUUGCUGUAAAAGAUAAUAAAGAAGAUAUCAAUCACUUGACCGUGAAUGUGUGUACCAGGUUUCGGGGACCAUCCAAGAGUGGCAUGGCUCUGAUGGAAGUCAACUUAUUGAGUGGCUUUGCAAUGCCUCCAGAUGCAAUUCUAUUGAGUGAUACAAUUAAGAAAGUAGAGAAUGAUCAUGGCCAAGUCAACUUAUACUUAGAUUCUGUAAAUGAAACACAAUUUUGUGUAGAUAUUCCUGCUGUGAGAAACUUCAAAGUAUCAAAUACCCAAGAUGCCUCUGUAUCUAUAGUGGAUUAUUAUGAACCAAGGAGACAGGCAGUCAGAAGUUACAACUCCAAAGUGAUGCUGGAUGUGUCCCCCUGUGACCUGUGUGAUGGAGAAAAAGACUGCAACCUUUGCAAGAACAGCACCCCAAGAUUAUUUCAACACUCUGCUGUAGUUUCCUUUUGUUGCUUCUUGUUUCUCUUCUUGCAAAUUUGGCUGUGAUCUUUUAAAAUAGAGUUAUUUCCAUGGGUGAAAGUAGGCAAAUAUCAGUGUUAACUUCACUGAUAUUUUUCUCCCCUCCCACUCAAUUUUUGAGGAACCUUGAAUCUAAUUGAUUUUGAAAAUAAUCUCAGUGUGCCUUACUUAUCUGCCCCUACCUUUCCUUUCCCUCCCAAAAUAUCUUUGGGCUGUGUAUACUUCCUCCAGUGUAAGAAUAUUUUGUUAAGAGGGGUUCAUUUAUUCACCAUAUUUGAUAAAUGAAAUGUAGUUUCUUACUGAAAACAGCUGUACAUUAGUGUAAGGACUGGUAUGCGGGGUGCUGACUUUUCUCCAAAAGAAAAAUGAUUUUAUGAGCGGAUUCCCUUUGAAAACUGGGAAAGAAGGAAAAAGCAAGGAGGAACUUGUGUAGACCCCACACUUAUUCUUAUGGCUUCAACAUGCCUUUUCUGUCUUUUAUGAAUUUGAUUCUUUCCAGAGCCUGAGGUAGUGAAAUAAAAAUUAACUGGAUUGGUUCUCUUCCCCUUAACCCUCCUAAUUUCCCCCAGUUCUAAUCAUUUCCUCCUUUUUCUCCUUGUUCUCUCAGAUUCCAGUAUAAGUCAGGCAUGAGCAUCUGAGGCUAUUCCAGCACAAACCAGGUUGAGAAUAUACUGGAGGAAACUUGACUUGAAGGCCAUGAUUUGUUUUUUAGGGUUUGCUGGCAGCCCUGGAGGGGGGGAGGAGGAAAUAGGCCAGGAAUGGGUUCUAAGUUUCAUAUUGAAAUUAUAGGGAUCAUUUUAGCACUACACUGAUCAUUGUGUGCUUCUGGGUAGAAAUUUGGGGUUUAGUCUACAACUAGAAGACAGAUAACUGGUCCAAAGGAAGGCUAUACCUGCUGUUAUAAGAUUAAGCAAUUAACAUGGAACAGAAUGGCAGUGUAGAUAGAAUCAGGAAGAUUCAGGGUUCAAAUCCUGCCUCUGACACAUACCAACUGUGACCAUGGGCAAAACACAUACCUUCUCAGUGCCCCAGGUCCUUCUUUAAGAUAAUAAACUAUAGAUAAAUUACUGACCUGAAUCAUUGGAGGGAGUUCCCCACACCUAUGAAAUGACAGGUCUGGAGAAAAAAAUAUAUAACUAAAGUCCUUUAGAUUAAUUCAUAUAUAUAUAU